AUGUUCAGGUUAUCGUUGGCUUCAUCUCGUCCUAUUUUCUCCUCUCUCCUUCACACUCCAGCGAGUCUUAGAAAAAUGUCUACCGAAGUCGUCAUCGUCGCUGCUUCACGUACACCCACCGGCUCCAUUUACGGUGCCUUGAAGUCCUUCACCGCCCCCCAGCUUGGCUCAGCUGCCCUCAAGCAUGCACUGGCUUCGAAGAACAUAGAUCCGAAACUUGUCGAGGAGCUCUAUUUCGGAAACGUAGUCCAAGCUGGCGUUGGUCAAUCCCCUGCGCGUCAAGUCGCGCUGUCGUCUGGUAUGAGCACCAGCUCUGAUGCCACUACCAUCAACAAAGUUUGUGCGAGUGGAAUGAAGUCUGUAAUGCUUGCAGCACAAAGUAUUCAGUUGGGACAACGAAGCGUGGUCGCCGCAGGUGGAAUGGAGAGUAUGAGCAAUGCCCCUUUCCUGCUCCCUCGAACGAAUCCCCUCUUCGGGAAAUUCACCGCCACUGAUUCCUUGGAGUACGACGGCCUGUGGGACACUUACAAUAACCAGGCUAUGGGUUGUUGUGGAGAGUCUGCCGCUGAAAAACAUGGUAUUUCUCGGCAAUCUCAGGAUGAUCAUGCCACGGAAUCCUACAGGAGGGCCGAAAAGGCAUGGAAAAAUGGUGCCUUUGACGCUGAAAUUGUCCCCGUCACCGUGAAAGGAAAGAAGGGAGACACUGUCGUGAGAGAGGACGAGGAAUAUAAGAAAAUUAUCUAUGAGAAAGUUCCCAGCUUGAAAUCUGCCUUCAAACAAGGUGGAAGUAUCACUGCGGCCAACUCCUCACCUCUCAAUGAUGGUGCCUCUGCUUUGAUUUUGAUGUCUGCUGAGAAGGCUAAAGAACUUGGUGUUACGCCACUCGCAAAGAUCAUCUCUUUCGCAGACGCUGGUGUUGACCCCAUCGAUUUCCCUGAAGCUCCCACCGUUGCUCUGCCCAAGGCUCUCGAGAGGGCCAAUCUAUCUGUUAAUGACAUUUCCCUCUUCGAGAUCAACGAGGCCUUCUCUGUUGUUGUUCGCAUUGCUGAGAAAGCCCUUGGCAUCGACUCGACCAAGAUUAACGUCAACGGUGGCGCGGUCGCACUUGGACAUGCCAUUGGUAGCUCUGGUUCCCGGAUUGUCGUUUCCCUCGUUCAUGCACUUAAGGCCGGCCAGUACGGUGCUGCUGGUGUUUGCAAUGGGGGUGGUGCUGCUUCCGCCAUCGUUAUUCAAAAAAUAUGA